GCCACAUACACGGUUACAAGGUCAUCUCUAUUCCUUGUAAUUAGGAUUAAAGUUGGGUUUAUCAUUUUCGAAGUGAACUUUGCAAUGAACAUUAAAUUAAUAUCAGCCCAAGGUAUAUGUAGCCGCAAUAUCUACCGACUUUUGAGGAGGAAUUCAGCGUCGCAAGCAAUAAAACCGUUCUUUUAUCAAGAUAUAUUGCAGUUGGAGAAACCACCAUAUGCAGACACACCUUUUCGAAAGCUAACGGGUUCGUAGGAGUAUUUUUAAAUACUCAGCAAAUUUAUAGGAGAUCUGGUUUCUUUUAAGGAGUUUGACAAUACACGGCUUCUGAAAGUCGAUUCGACGGCACUAACGUUGUUGUCCGAGCAAGCCAUGAUAGACGUUGCUCAUCUGCUAAGACCUGCUCACCUGCAAUCUCUUUCAAAUAUCCUAAAGGAUCCUGAGGCAUCUAGCAACGAUAAGUUUGUCGCACUUGAACUCCUGAAGAAUGCCAAUGUCGCAUGCGGUAUGAUCCUACCUGGUUGUCAGGAUACUGGGACGGCUAUAUGUAUGGGUAAAAAGGGUCAGUUCGUCUGGACAGAUGGGGAUGACGCAGAAUCUAUUUCACGUGGUAUAUAUAAUACAUACACGUCUAAGUAUCUUCGUUACUCUCAAGUUGCUCCGCUAGAUCUGUUUACGGAAAAAAACACUUGCACUAAUCUACCGGCACAAAUUGAAAUAUAUUCAACGAGUGGCAGCGAAUACAAUUUUUUAUUUGUUGCGAAGGGUGGAGGGUCUGCCAAUAAAACUUUCUUGUAUCAACAGACAAAGGCUCUUCUCAAUCCUAAUAGUUUGUACUCAUUUGUCAAUGAGAAAAUUAAAACGUUGGGAACUGCCGCUUGUCCUCCGUAUCAUUUGGCCGUUGUUAUUGGUGGGACUUCAGCUGAAUUUACUCUAAAAACUGUGAAGCUUGCAUCAUGCAAGUACUUGGACCAUCUUCCGUCAACAGGUAAUGAACAUGGAAGAGCUUUUCGUGAUCGAGAGGCUGAAGAAAAAAUAUUGGAGUUAACUCGGAAAGUUGGGAUAGGAGCACAGUUUGGCGGCAAAUACUUCUGUCAUGAUGUACGGGUAAUCCGCUUGCCCAGACAUGGAGCAUCAUGUCCCGUUGGUAUUGGCGUCUCCUGUUCCGCAGAUAGGCAGAUUCUGGGAAGAAUAACUCAAGACGGAGUUUUUCUUGAGCAGUUAGAAAGUGAUCCAUCUAAAUAUUUACCUGAUCCAUCUUUAAAUCAACUUCCAGCUGAUGUUGUAAAAGUGAAUCUGAAUCUUCCAAUGAAAGAAAUUUUAGCUGAACUUUCUAAGUACCCAAUCAAAACUCGUUUAUCACUAACUGGGACUUUAGUUGUUGCUCGUGAUAUCGCCCAUGCAAAGAUCAAGGAACGUCUUGAUUCUGGCCAACCAAUGCCUGACUAUUUACGUAAUCACCCAGUAUAUUACGCUGGUCCAGCUAAAACACCUAUGAAUUAUCCUAGUGGGUCUUUUGGACCAACCACAGCUGGUCGCAUGGAUUCUUAUGUUGAUCAGUUUCAACAAGCCGGAGGAAGUAUGAUUAUGUUGGCCAAAGGUAACAGAUCAAAAGCUGUGACAAAUGCAUGUAAAAAACAUGGAGGCUUUUAUCUAGGUUCAAUUGGUGGUCCAGCUGCAAUUCUUGCUCAGAAUUGUAUAAAAAAAGUUGAAGUUCUUGAAUAUCCUGAACUAGGAAUGGAGGCCAUUUGGCGUGUUGAAGUUGUGGAUUUUCCUGCUUUCAUAGUUGUCGAUGAUAAAGGCAAUGAUUUCUUUAAAGAAUGGCAAGUAGAAUGAAAAAGAAACUAAUUGGCGAAAUACUUUGAAAAAAUAUCUGAAAGUUUUUCUUUCUAAUCUCAUUUAUUGGCUUAUCAAUUUAUCUGGUCGUAUCUAUUUUCAUUGUUUAAUUUAUUUUGUUGGAACUUGUUCUUUAAUUGUGAAUACAAGUCAUUCACAAUAUACAGCUACUCAGGUGUGUUAUCUUAGUUUCAGACGUUAAGCAAUUAAUUGGUUUGAUGACUGUAAUCUUUUGUGCUAUUUUUUUAAAACUUCACUUGAUUAUUUCAUUAAAAUAAAACCAUCUUAAUUGAAUCAAUAUUUCAGUUGUCUUACAACGGGGUUGGUUUCUUACAGUCUGCAAACAUUGGUUGACUAAAUUUAAUAUUUUUAUGUACAAAUUAUUUUAAGGCAUCUUUACGAGGAAG